AUGGCAGAGAGGACACAGACGGGCUACAACAUCUGCAGGGAGAUCCUGGAUGAAGGAACUGUGGAUGAGAUGGCAGAAAGGACUAAUUCAAAAACUGAGAAGGUCAAGAAGUCACUGAGGUGUUCUGGUUCCCAGCUGAAGAGCUGCCUACUGGGUAGUGUUCCUGUACUGUCAUGGCUGCCUCGUUACCCCAUCAGAGAAAAUGGCCUGGGUGACCUGGUCUCUGGAAUCAGUGUGGGGAUCAUGCAACUUCCACAGGGUAUGGCCUAUGCCCUGCUGGCAUCUGUUCCUCCGGUCUAUGGCCUUUUCUCCUCCUUCUACCCUGUCCUCAUCUACUUCAUCUUUGGCACAUCCAAGCACAUCUCAAUAGGAACAUUUGCGGUGAUGAGUGUGAUGAUUGGUGGAGUGACAGAGCGACUAGCCCCAGAGUCAAACUUCAUGAUAUGGAAUAAUGUGAGCAACUCCAGCAUAGUUGACACCAUCUCCCGGGAUGCAGAGAGGGUCCGAGUGGCUGCAGCCCUCACCUUUCUAUCUGGGUUAUUUCAGAUUUUGCUUGGUCUGAUCCAAUUUGGUUUUGUGGUGACCUACCUGUCUGAGCCACUGGUCCGAGGUUACACCACAGCGGCGGCCAUCCACGUCAUAGUGUCCCAGCUUAAAUAUGCCUUUGGCGUCAGACCUCACAGACACAGUGGACCAUUCUCCUUGAUAUUUACUCUUCUGGAAGUGUUUUAUCUCAUUCCACAGACAAACAUUGGUACUCUAGUGGUCAGUAUCAUCACUAUAACUGCCCUCAGCCUUGCCAAGGAGCUCAAUGCAUACUUGCAUAAAAAACUGCCUGUUCCUAUACCUGUGGAGCUGAUCGCUAUCAUUAUUGCCACAGUAGUCUCCUGGCAAGUAAACUUGAAGCAGAGCUAUGGAGUGGACAUAGUAGGAGAGAUUCCCUCUGGUCUCCAGCCACCUGUUUUCCCAGUCACCUCUCUAUUUGUUCAGGUGAUCGGAGAUGCCUUUGCUCUGUCUGUGGUUGGUUAUGGCAUCACCAUCUCACUGGGACGAAUCUUUGCAAUGAAAUAUGGAUACAAGGUGGACAGCAACCAGGAACUAUUCGCCCUUGGUCUGAGUAACUCUAUCGGUGGAAUUUUCCAAUGUUUUGCCGUCAGCUGCUCCAUGUCUCGCAGCAUGGUUCAGGAGAGCACAGGAGGGAAGACACAGGUUGCUGGGGCUCUCUCAGCAGUAGUUAUACUUUUCAUCACACUUUGGAUUGGGCCGUUCUUUGAAGACCUGCCCAAGGCAGUGCUUAGCUCCAUUGUUUAUGUUAACCUCCAUGGCAUGAUGAAACAAUUCAUGGACAUCCCUGCACUCUGGAAGAGCAACAGAGUGGACAUGGUGGUCUGGUUGGGCACCUUUAUUCUCACUGUGCUGUUCAACCCUGACAUGGGGCUGGCUGCUUCCAUUGGUUUCUCUAUGCUUACUGUCAUCAUCAGGACACAGCUACCUAGAUACUCUCUGUUAGGGCAGGUGCCAAACACUGACAUUUACAGGCCACUGGAGGACUACAGUCAGGUGAAGCAGGUGCCAGAGAUUUUGAUUUUCCGUUCCUCUGCCACCCUUUACUUUGCCAAUGCUGAGAUGUACCAGAAUGCUCUGGGAAAGAAGUCUGGCAUUGACAUUACCAAGAUUCUAUCGGCAAAGAAGAAACUAGAGGCCAAAAGGAAGAAGCAUGAGAAGAAAAAUGCCAAGAAAGCAGCCAAGCAGAAUGCAGUGAAUAUGGAGGGGGAGCCAGAGAGGGAAGAGCAGAAUAAUGUUGCUAUCAUUGAAGUGGAUCUAAAGCCCAAUCCCUCAUUCCCAAGAGCCAUUGUCCUUGACCUCAGCCCUGUCAACUUCCUGGAUACUGUGGGAGUCAAGACCCUAUGCAACAUCCGGAGAGACUACGGGGAAGUUGGUAUAGAGGUGGUUCUUGCUGGCUGCCAAACUGGUGUGGUGGACAACCUGCAGACUGGAGGUUUCCUUAAUAACAAAGUGACCAAGUCCUGUCUCUUCUCCACUGUCCAUGAUGCAGUUUUGCACUGUCAGUCCAAUAGACCAAACAACCACAAGAAGGACAUCACAGCAACACAUUUCUGAGUCCUGAAGGGAGUGACGGAGGAAGUGACAGACACAGUUUGCAUGAGGGAUGCAUCCUCUGAGAUAACUGGGACUCCCGUCUGUCACAAGCAUGCACGCACACACACAUACACAAACAGUAACAAACACAAUAUAGUAGAAGAUAAGAAUGAUGGCAAAAACAAAAUGGAAAUGAAUGACAGUAGGAACAGUCUGUGCUAGAGGAGUGUACAAAACAAAACAAAAACACAAAUGCACAUAUUACUUCAUGUGAUAAACAAAACUAUGGGUACUUGCAGUUAUAGUAUGUUAAAUUUGAUUUGUGUUCUUCUUUGUCCAACUUUGCAAGACAUUUAAAAAGAACUAAGUAAUUACGUUGCCUUUUAAAUCACUAGCACAC